AUGGUUAUCAGCAACGUGCACAGAUCUCUGAACGCGGGUCAUCGCGAGAACUAUACCCAAUCCGUCACAGGCAGAACAAGAAAGCGAGAUAUUCUUGCUAAGAGGAAGGAUGUAUUAAGACGUUUCAGUCAUUCACUGCCAUCCAAAAGAACCUUAACAAAGGCAAACACAAAGUGAAGCUGACAAAAAAUCCGACAAUGAUAAGAUCAAGAGGAAAUGGACGAAGACUUCCCAUUCUGUAG